AUGGAACAACUUGUAUUACUUGUUGAAGAAAAAUUAAAAGAGAUUUUUGAAGAAGAACGUAAAAGAAGUACUUGUCAUCAGUUUCAAGCAGAAUGUAUUGAUAUAAUGGAGAAAUUUGUUAUGGGACCAGGUAAAAGACUCAGACCAUUAAGCUUACUUUUGUUCUUCAUUGGAGGAGGAGGAAAGAUUGAAGAACAAAAGAACAUAAUUCGUACAGCAUGUGCAAUGGAGUUAUUACAUGACUCUACACUUGCACAUGAUGAUAUAAUGGAUGAAGAUGAAAUGAGACGAAAUGCACCAACAAUAGUAAAGACAUUUUAUGAUAAAUACAUUGAAAGAAAUAAAGAAGAUGUCAAAACAGAAAAAUUUUUAUUUAUGUCUCGUGGUACUACCUAUGCUAGUUCCCUUGCUAUUAUGACAGGCAAUAUUCUUUAUUCAAUGGCACAACGACUUUGUUUAGAGUCUGGAACUAAUAUAGCAGAAAUGGUGUUAGAAUUAUUUAGUGUAUUAAACUAUGGACAAAUACUUGAUAUGAGUGGUUUAAAUACUGUAGAAGAGUAUAACUUAAAUAUUAUUAUGAAAACUGCCAUUUUCUUUAAGACAACUGCUUCCAUUGGAUUGACAUUAGCUGAAGAUGAUUUACUUGAUAUUGAUCCAUUAAAUGGUAAGUUAAGAAAAAUGGGAAACGAUAUCAAAGAAGGAAAGAAAACAGCAGUUGUAUGGACUGCAUUAAAAGAAGGAGUAUUGAGUAAAGAAGAGAAAGAGUUUGUAGAAGGAAUUUUGAAAUUAAAUGAAAAAGCAUUUGACAACCAAGAAGCUUUUACUAAAUUCUUGAACAUUCUUAGAGGAAAACCAAGUGAAGUUGUUAGACAAGAAAUUAAGGGACAUCACCAAAAGGCACUUGAUGCAUUAAAACAACUUCAACUCAAAGAAGAUGGUUUUUCAUAUUUAAAACAAAUCACUGAUUUGUUGUUACAUUGA